AUGAAAGAGGCAUUGAUUGACAACAAUCUUCGGGUCAAGAUUCACGAUGUGCCCAUCCCUACACCCGGCCCUGGUCGGCUCUUGAUACGGACAAUUGUAUCUGGAACCAACCCCAAAGACUGGAAAAUGCCAAAACUUUGGGUUCCCCAAGCUUCGCCUAGCAAUUAUGGUGAUGAUCUUUCCGGCUACAUUGAGGCUGUCGGUGAGGGUGUGUUAGGCUUCAGCAAGGGCGAUCGCGUGGCUGCUUUUCACGAAAUGGGCGCACCCCACGGAAGUUACGCAGAAUACUCGAUCGCAUGGGCUCACUCCGCGUUCCAUCUUCCAGCCAACAUCACUUUCGAAGAAGCCGCGACGAUCCCUCUGGCUGCAAUGACAGCUGCUUUGGGCCUCUACCAGAGACUCGGUUUGCCCCUACCCUGGAGUACAACCACAACACCCCUGCCGUUGGUCAUCUACGGAGGGGCCACAGCCGUCGGAUCAUUUGCCAUCAAGCUUGCAGCUCUCUCCAAUAUUCACCCCAUCAUUGCCAUUGCAGGCAACGGCACUCCUUACGUCAAUACCUUACUCGACAAGUCUAAGGGCGACAUGGUGAUCGACUACCGCCAAGGGGAGGCUCACAUGCUGGAGAAAAUCAAGGAAGCUGCCGGCGAUAAUCCGAUCAUCUACGCCCUUGACACUGUGUCUGAAAUGAACACGCUUCGAACGAUUGAUCGAGCGCUUGUACCCGGCAAAGGCAAAAUUGCAAAUCUUCUACCAAGCUCGCCUGAACACAAAUUGUUCUCGGAGUUGAUGUUUACGAUGGUAGGAACUGUACACACUUCCAAGUCCACCAAACCUUGGCCAGCUCUUGGCGACAAAGAAUUUGGGGCACUCUUUUUCUCGUUCUUCGGGCGGGGCCUGCAAGAAGGCUGGUUCCAUGGGCAUCCCUACGAAGUCCGGACUGGAGGAUUAGAUGCCUUGGGGCAGAUUCUCGGAGAUCUCGAGGCGGGCAAAAACUCGGCGAAGAAGUACUUGCUGAAAAUAGCAGAAACCAAGGGCGUUAUGUGA